CUGGUGGAGAGCCUGUGGGCGUUCUGCCUGCCAGCAGUGCUGCUGGCGCUGCUCGGCCUCAUCUGCUGCAUGUACUCGGCUAAAAGGUCGGGAUCCCCGUCCACUGCUCUGCCUGCCCGGGACAAGGCCGUCUUCAUCACAGAACCAAGGACAUGGGGCGAGGCAGCGAGCAAAUGCCUACACGCUCCCGGCAGAACCUCCCUGAAGACACCUGCAGCACAAAAGAACAAGCAGGAUCGGGUUUUAGGCAGCGUCAGGGGAGCCACUGUAUGAGAGCUGAGCUGCUCCUGAACAUGACACCUGAACCCAAGCAGGACAACAGCUGUCAGCUUGAUAAAGUUACGUAAACAGUUUCAGCAAAACACACAGUUAAUGAUCUGCCUCGGGUUUGUAAAGAUUCCCUUUGGCCUGACUGAAAAGCUCCAGACCUGUGAACAGAGGACUGCUUUUGUAGCAAAAAAGUUCCGCGGCCAUCGGCCUAUUGUUCAGACAUCCCACCUUCUCUUCUUCUCUCUCUGUGAUGCUGCAGGUUGCGACUCUGGCUUUGGGAAUGCGACGGCAAAGCGCCUGGACGCUCUGGGCUUCGAGGUUUUUGCCACCGUGCUGAACCUGUCAGGAGACGGCGCCAAAGAGCUGCAGAGGACCUGCUCCGCCCGUCUCACCCUACUCCAGGUGGACAUCACUCAACCGCAGCAGGUCCAGCAGGCGCUGCUAGACACCAAGGCCAAACUGGGCCUCAGAGGUCUGUGGGGACUGAUAAACAAUGCCGGAGUGUGUGUUAACUUUGGAGAUGCUGAGCUGUCACUCAUGUCCAACUUCCGUGGGUGCAUGGAGGUCAACUUCUUUGGCACGCUCACUGUCACCAAGACCUUCCUGCCGCUGCUACGACAGGCCAAAGGUCGCAUCAUCACCGUGUCCAGCCCUGCCGGUGAUCAGCCGUUCCCUUGUCUGUCAGCGUACGGAUCAUCUAAAGCAGCUCUUAACCUCUUCAUCAACACACUGCGCCAUGAGCUGGAGCCGUGGGGGGUCCAAGUGUCCAUCAUCCUGCCGUCUGCAUACAAGACAGGUCAUUCCAGUAACUACGCAUACUGGGAGCUGCAGCACAAACAGCUGCUGCAGAGUCUGUCCCCGGCGCUGCUGGAGGACUACGGCGAGGACUACAUGAACGAGACUAAGGACCUGUUCCAGAGACACGCCAGCCAGGCCGCGCCCGACGUCAGCCCUGUCGUGGACACUAUCGUGCAGGCGCUGCUGGCGCCGCAGCCACAGGCGCGCUACUUCGCAGGGCCUGGCGUCGGCCUCAUGUACUUCAUCCACAGCUACUGCCCCUUCAGCCUCAGCAACCUCUUCCUCCAGAAACUGUUUCUGAAGAAGAAGCUGAUGCCGCAGGCUCUGAGGAAGCAGUCGGGCUUCGACCUGAACCUUGGUCUUCACAACAACAACAACAACAACAACAACAACAACAACAACAACAACAACAACAACAACAACAACAACAACAACAACAACAAUGAGGAGAAACUGAAGCAGCUGUGACUCAUGACUGAUGUUGCAUAGAGGACCACUUAUGUAACACAUUCUUAGAGGUGUAGCCUGAUUCUAUGUGCUGUUUUAAGUUCUUGAAGGGAUCAAAAUCAUUUCUGACCUGUACCUGUUGUCUACGGCCGCACUAGGGCUCACUUUGAGCUCUGGGGGCAGGGCGGAGGUAGGAUCCAUUAAAAAACAGUUCACCUCCGACAGCUACCGGGUCACAGUGACUCUCCGUGCCUUCAUCACACAAUCACUGCAGCAGGUUGUUCCAGCGACACAGACGACGGACUGAGUCAUGAGUCGCUUGUUCAUGUUUCUCAGACAUCACCUGCGCUUGUUCUGAGCAUGCUCAGUGAAACCCGCUGCUGCAGUGACUCCCCCCUCUUUUCAGCCACACCUUUCUACAGCAGCUCUGAUUAUGUGUUUGUUUUCUGCAUCAUACAUCCAAAGCCUGCAUAGAAACAUAAUUUCUGAUUUAUUAAUAAAACAACGUCAGGUACGAUGAUACCCUUUCAUUUGAUCUGUACGCUGAAAGUUUAAAUAACAACAAUAACUUCAGCUGCUUUUAGAGUAUUUUGUUUGACUAAUUUUCAAAUUCUUAUUCAGAGAAGCUGCUGAAGCAUUUAAAAACAUAAAUUCAGUUUUUGUCUGAAAACAAACACAUGGACUAGUUUCUUUUCAAUUCUUCUUAAUCAGGAACAUUUUUCAGACUCUGUAGUGUUUUACCAAUAACUUCAUGCCAGACAAGUAAAACACAAAGCUGUGACAAAGUCCAACCAAACUCAAACCUCAACAACACAACGUUUUUCCAAAUGGACAUUUUUACAACACACAUGUAUUUAUUGUGGUGUAGAUAUGAGUCAUUAACACAAAAAUGUUAGAACUUGUAUUUUCAUAUUUUCUGCACAUGUUGAUCGACUGUGUUGUUUCUGUCCCUGCGUAGGCCUGCACUUAGUUCUCUCCUUGAUUUAUUUUUCUUAAAUGAAUGUAUUUAUGACAUCUUUUCAUUUAUCAUCACUUAAACUGUGAAUUUUAUAUAAAAAUGUAAAACAAAAAUAAAAAUGUGUAUUCACUUGAUUCGUCCUUUGGUAGAAAUAAAGUGAAUGUUUUUCAGCGUU